AUGUCACGUAUACGUGAAAAAGCUGAGGGUUUAUCUUGUUGCCUGCUUGGCUUUGUUGAGUCACUCACGGAGAAAGCUUUCUUGAGGCAGCCCAAGGUUUUCCUUUGCUCGAAGAAGUCGGGGAAGGGGAAGAGGUCAGGGAAGGGAGGGAAUCGUUUAUGGAAGAGCAUUGGGUUGGGUUUUAAGACACCCAGAGAGGCAAUCGAAGGUACUUAUAUUGCUAAAAAGUGCCCAUUCACCGACACUGUUUCUAUCAGGGGACGUAUCCUAGCUGGUACUUGCCACGGUGCAAAGAUGAUGAGAACCAUCAUUGUUCGACGCAACUAUCUUCAUUAUGUUAAGAAAUAUCAGAGAUAUGAGAAGAGGCACUCAAACAUCCCAGCACAUAUAUCCCCAUGCUUUCGAGUUAAGGAGGGAGAUCAUGUUAUCAUCGGCCAGUGCAGGCCCUUGUCAAAGACACUGAGAUUCAAUGUGUUGAAAGUGAUACCAGCUGGUUCUUCUGGUGGUGGCAAGAAAGCCUUUACAGGGAUAUGAGUUUGAUUCUUCGAUUCAAUUAGUUGAUGGGAGAAAUUUUCUAUUUAUAGUAUGUUGUAACUUUGGGUGCAUCAAUUUCUAUUUAAGGUGUGAAGUUGAAACAUCAAGAAUAUGUCAAUCAUAAUAUGAUAUGGCCAAAAGAAAGGAAUUUGUUAAUGA